AUGAUGGCGGCCUACGCCGGGGUACCUGGGGACGCUCGCCGCCCCGCCCCCCCCCUCCUGUCUUUCGGGGGCUGCUGGGGGGCCCGGAUCUGGGCCGCAGACGCCGGGAGAGUCGGCCGCGGCACGCGCAGAGUCGAGCGUCGGCGCGGAGUUCACGCGCCCGGGGCGCGGAGUCGGCUGUUGCUCUGUGGGGCUUGCGGACUCGUGAUUGAUGAUUGGUGGGUUUGUCCCUGUCUGUGUGCUGCAGGUAACAGGUUCUUCCUCACGUCGUUUGGUGCCCUGUACAUAUCGGACGUGCAGAAGGAGGACGCUCUCUCCACCUACCGCUGCAUCACCAAGCACAAGUACAGCGGAGAAACCAGGCAGAGCAAUGGGGCCAGGCUCUCUGUGCUGGACCCGACGGAGUCCACCCCCUCCAUCCUGGACAGCUUCCAGUCGGGGGAGGUGCAGGUGGGGCGCAGCGUGGAGCUGCCCUGCAUCGCCUCGGGGUACCCCAACCCCACCAUCCGCUGGCUGAAGGACGGCCGCCCGCUCCCCACGGACUCCCGCUGGACCCGCCGCCUCACGGGCCUCACCGUCAGCGACCUGCGCCUGGAGGACAGCGGCAACUACAUCUGCGAGGUCACCAACAGCUUCGGCUCCAAGGAGGUGACCGGGCACCUCAACGUCAUCGACCCCCUGCGCGUGACCCUCUCCCCUAAGAACCUGAAGACGGGGAUCAGCAGCACGGUGAUCCUGUCCUGCGCGGUGCAGGGCUCUCCCCAGUUCACCGUGUCCUGGUUCCGCAACACGGAGCCCGUGUCCCCCGACCAGCACUUCUCCAUCCAGGGGUCCCACAACGAGACCCUGUUCAUCAGCGCCGCGCAGAAACCCCACUCAGGGGCCUACCAGUGCUUCGCCACGCGCAAGGGCCAAACCGCACAGGACUUCUCCAUCAUCCUGCUGGAGGACGGGACGCCCCGCAUCGUGUCCUCCUUCAGCGAGCGCGUGGUGGCCCCCGGGGAGCCCUUCUCGCUGAUGUGCGCGGCGAAAGGGGCCCCCCCUCCCACCAUCACCUGGACGCUGGACGACGAGGCGGUGGCGCGCGACCCCACGCACCGGGCCAGCCAGUACACGCUGUCGGACGGGAGCACCGUGUCCCACGUCAACGUCAGCAGCCCGCAGAUCCGCGACGGAGGGGUGUACCGCUGCGCAGCCCGAAACUCGGCCGGCAGCGCAGAGUACCAAGCGCGCAUAAACGUAAGAGGGUCCCCCAGUAUCCGGGCGAUGCGGAACAUCACGGCGGUGGCCGGGCGGAACACCUACAUCACGUGCCGCGUGAUUGGCUACCCGUACUACUCCAUAAAGUGGUACAAGGACGCACUGCUGCUGCCGGAUAACCACCGGCAGGUGGUGUACGAGAACGGCACUCUGAAGCUGAGCGACGUGCAGAAGGGCAUGGACGAGGGCGCCUACGUCUGCAGCGUGCUCAUCCUGCCCCAGCUCUCCAUCAGCCAGAGCGUCUACGUCACCGUCAAAGUGCCCCCCCUGAUCCAGCCCUUCGACUUCCCCCCCACCUCCAUCGGGAAGCUCAUGUACAUCGCGUGCGUGGUGUCGUCGGGCGACAUGCCCAUCCGCAUCACCUGGCGCAAGGACGGGCAGGAGAUCGUGCCGGGGUCGGCCGGGGUCAACAUCGAGACCAAGGAGUUCAUGAGCUCGCUGCAGAUCUCCAAGGUGUCGCUCGAGCACAACGGCAACUACACCUGCAUCGCCAGCAACGACGCGGCCACCGUCAGCUCCGAGAGGCAGCUCAUCGUCACCGUACCCCCACAGUUCAUCGUCCAGCCCAACAACCAGGAUGGUAUCUACGGCAAGGCGGGGGUUCUGAACUGCUCGGUCAAUGGCUACCCCCCUCCCAAAGUCAUGUGGAAACAUGCCAAAGGAAUCGGAAACCCCCAGCAGUACCACCCCGUCCCCCUGACCGGGCGGAUCCAGAUCAUGUCCAAUGGGUCGCUGCUGAUCCGCCACGUUCUGGAGGAGGAUCGUGGGUACUACCUGUGUCAGGCCAGCAAUGGAGUGGGCUCAGAUAUCAGCAAGAGCAUGCUCCUGACCGUCAAGAUCCCGGCCAUGAUCACGUCCCACCCCAACACCACCAUGGCCAUCAAGGGCGAGGACAAGGAGCUGAACUGCACCGCGCGCGGAGAGUGGCCCAUCAUCAUCCGCUGGGAGCGGGGCGACACGGUCAUCGACCCCGACCGCAACCCCCGCUACACCAUCACCACCAGCCCCAACGAGAAGAGCGACGAGGUCAUCUCCACACUCAAGCUGAAGCCAGCUGACCGUGGAGACUCUGUGUUCUUCUCCUGCCAUGCCAUCAAUUCGUAUGGAGAAGGACGUGGGCUGAUCCAGCUAACCGUGCAAGAGCCCCCGGACCCCCCUGAGCUGGAGGUGCGGGAGGUGAAGGACCGCAGCAUGAACCUCCGCUGGACCCAGCGGUUCGACGGCAACAGCAUCAUCACCAGCUUCGACAUCGAGUACAAGAACAAGUCCGACCCCUGGGAGCUGAAGCACGCCACCCGCAAGAUCUCGCCCACCAACAACCAGGCCAACAUCGUGGAGCUGCACCCGGCCAGCGUCUACAGCAUCCGCAUGUACUCCUACAACAAGAUCGGCCGCAGUCAGGCCAGCAAGGAGCUGACCAUCAGCACCGAGGAAGCCCAGCCUGACGGCCCCCCCAUGGAGGUGAUCCUGCAGCCUAUGACAUCGCAGAGCAUUCGGGUCACUUGGAAGGCUCCGAAGAAGGAGCUGCAGAACGGGGUCAUCCGGGGUUACCAGAUCGGUUACCGCGAGAACGGGCCGGGCAGCAACGGCCAGUACAGCAUCGUGGAGAUGAAG